AUGAGUGCUUUUGAUCCGUUAACAUUCCUUACUCCAUCAAACACAGGCGGACCUAAUAACUGCGAGUAUUUUGGCUUCAAAUUUGAUUCAGUAUAUGAUCCAGAAAUUUGGCCUAAAUUAUGCGAAAAUUUUUUCUAUCUUAAACUCUCAAGUGCUAUGAAAGAGAAAGGAGAAACGAAUGUAAUUACUGUUGGUGUAUAUGGUGAACCAACAAAACAAGGAAAUUUCAUACUUUCAGAUUUAAAAUCAACUCAUGUCCAAGUUAUUUCAAAAUUUAAGGUAGAAUACUCUCCAGGAACACUAUUACUACUUAACUGUCCAGAGAUAAUCCACACACCCACAGCAUCCAUUCAAAUUUCAAGUGAAAAACAAAUUUUAAAGAUAGGGAAAGUACGAACGUUUGGAUACUGCGAGAGGCAAGGUACACACUUGGCUUGUACAAAGUUCAUAGAUCUCUCAAAGAAAAGACUUUGUUCGUUCCAUACUGCUUACUACAGAUUAAAAGCGGCAAAUCAGCUUAAUAUGCAGAAGAAAUACUUUCCUACUUCAAUGCCUAUAAAUGGCUUUGGAAAUCCUCGAAAUCACGUAAGAGCUCGAAAUCUUUUGAAUAUCAAUGAUAAUUUAACAAAUGGAACUGAAAGUUCAAACACUUUUUAA